AUGUGUCGUGAUCCUUCAAGUGGAAUCUUGAGUGAUAUGGUAGUACGUGAAUGUCAUGUCGAAGCAGGUCCCCAUUUGACAUCGCAUGUUACAGCAUCGUCUGGGUGCUUCUCAACACCAUCAUUACCUCAAAUAAAAAUCGUAUUUCCAUACCAUCCGCAUUGUGCUGUUGCUGUUUCAUUCCCAGAGGAAGAGAUCCGUUUGUUACGCAACUGCACAUGCAAACUCAUAGCAAACGAAGAAUAUUAUCUUCGAGAACUCGCCAAAUACCGCCAAGAACCACAACAGCAAAAAGAGCUCACCAUAAGCAGAUCAGAGACGCCACGUAGCACAAGUCUCGAUCAAUCAGCCUCAUCAAGUACUUCUUACUACCCAUCGAACCACAAGAAUCCAAGCACCUAA